AUAGCGCGCUGGACUUCGGGCUAGAAGGUCGAGGGUUGAGACACGCUCCCUGCCUGCUUCAUUACAGUACGUUUUGUCGCAUGAAGAUGACAGCGUGUAGAAAAUAUUGCGUCACAUCGUGAAGUAUCCAAUCAUAAUUUAGUAUUUUAUUGCGGCAAAUUUGAACUUUUUUCACGUCGCAGUCGACGUCCGUUAAUCUCGAAAACUCGACCCUUGUUACCUACGUCGGGUUUUCGAGACUAACGUAAGACGUCCGUCGGCUUUGGACCCGAAGAGAACCAAACGAAUGAGGGAGAAAAAGUGCUUGAAUUGUAAUGUUAAAUUGAUAAAAACGUUGUCUGACAACAUGGAUGACGUGGUCAAAAAUAAGCUUAAGAGCAAUGCCAAGAUUUACAGUAACACUUUGGAGCGAAUAGUUCAAAAGUAUUCAAAGCUGCAUGACAAUGGGACUGAGGUGAACCUGGAGGACAUAACACCCCAAGAGGUGAUAGUAUGCAUGGUCAAGUCAGAGUUGGAGCUAUCAAAGCUGGGAUUGUCAAAGAGUGAAGUUGACCUGGCAGAGCUGUCACUCGGAGAUAUUUCUGAAAUACACAGGCCACAGAACACCAUUGGAGACUUCCAGGUGGACAUCUCAUACCACCAGGAUGAUCACAACAAUGAUUGUGUAGAUGAGGGUGCUGUCACUGUCAACAGUAAUGAUUCUGUUAUGCAGCAGGCUGCAGAGAACAGCCACUUGGUGGAUAAUUCCAAACUGAAUGGGACUAGGAGUAGCCUGUGGGGCGCGCCAGAGGAGCUGGAGCGCUCUCUGAGCAGUCAACGUAGCACUCUACUGGACCUGUAUCCCAGCAUGGUCAGCCAGGUAGGAGAGGCCUGGCGGCGCCAACAUAUGUCCGACGUGGCUGUAGGGGUUUUGAGGAGGUACCACAGGCUCAGGUGGUUCUCUAACAGAAACCUCAAUAACCGCAACUUCAACAUCAGACCUGCUCACAGAAAGACUACCCUCAACAUUGGCCAAUCCUUUCUCCAAACAUCUCAGAACACCAUACUGAAUGUGAGUAACCUCAAGAGUCCAAAGUUGAACCUCAAAAUGACAACCCACACCCAUCCUCCUCCACAGACCAAGGUCAACCUCCAGGAAUGGCCAGCAGAGAGGCUGUCCCACAGGAAGGGUACAGAUUCAGGGAACGGACAACCGCCCCACCCUGUUCUAGUGAUGGACUUCUCCUCUCGCCCCUCUGCAGGCUCCAGUCCUGCCUCCUCCCCUCCCUCUGCAGCCCCCUCCCUUCUCUCUGCUCCCUCCUCUGCAGACUCCUCUCCUCCCUCCUCUGCAGCCUCCCUUCCCUCUUCUCUCUCCUCUGCAGACUCCUCCCUACAGGAGAGCCCUGAGUCAGAGGAGCCCCCCUUAAACCAAACCUUCAUGGUGUCCAUGCCCUCUUCCCCAUCCUCCAGGGUUAGACACACUACCCUGGUCUUCAGUCCUGCCAGAUCUGAAGACACCUUCACAGCAGGAGGGUUGAGCAGUCCAUCUCUAAGGAAGUGUGCCCUCCCCACACUUCCCCAUCAGAGGUUUUUCACAGCGGUAUGCCCUGUGGUCAGUAUGGAGAUGUCUUCAGACUACCGCUCCCAAGUAGCACCGAGUCCCUACAGAGCCAGACUGCUGAUCUGGGACGGCCAGCGUGCAGCAUCUAACGCCCACCAUAGAAGCCCCAAGUCGGGCUUUGCUGGAUAUCAUCAAAGAAACACUGUGGAGCCCAGAUCUUCCCCUGCGUCUUCACCCUCUCUUCAUAGGCCUCUGAUGUCACACAGGAAGCCCCACCACCUGGACUCCUGCAGUCCCUCCCAGCUGAAACUCCAAUCGUCUAGAUCAUCAUCUGAUCAUGAGUCUAGGGCAGGCCAGCCAAGGCUCCGGCGACACUAUUCCCUGGAUUCCUUCUCCCCAUCUGUCAGUCUCUUACGAAACUCUGCUAAGCAGAUUGACAAGGACUUCCAGAAGCUCUACCACAAGCUUGUCUGUCAGGGCAAAUCCUCCUCCUGCCGUAUGUGUGAGAGGAGAGCAGAGACCACCAGAGGAACCUCCUCUGCUCUGGCCGCCCUGGCCCUGUCUCCUCACCACUCUAUCAUGAGGAAGCGUCGCAGGGAGCUGGUCCAAGAACAGUCCCCAGAGUCCAAACGUUUCAGGGAUAGCUCCUUUGUGUACUCCCCAGGAUCUCUCCGCCAGAGGGUAGAAAUGUUCAGGUGCCAGAACCGCUCAGACAGCCAUUUGUCCUCUAACCAGUGGGACAUCUCCUGUGACUCCCACAACUGGAGCCCCCGCAAGGCCAGUCUGGCUCAUACACACCACAGCCCCCAUCACCAACAUCACUCAUCAGAUGCAGCAGUCAGGAAAGCUGAAGGCUCCUGGUCUGGCCUGCAUGUUGAUCAGCACUCUCCUGCUUGGAGAGAGAAAUACAGACGAUUUGUUGGAAUUCAUCAAGGAAAGUCAAUUGUCAAGGCAGAGUGCCAAUGUAGCUGUUCGCCAAGUUUCUCUAGGAGACAGCUUCUGUAUAAAUGAUGUCAACCCACAGAAAGGCUGUCCUGUCCUGCACCUCUACCUGAGUUUUUUAUAUGCCAGAGUUGAAAACAUCUCUGCUGUUUAUCUGCAUUUGAAAACAUACUUAGGAUGUCCCAAUAACCAUGAACUAAUUUGUUAUAAUGAAAUGGAAUGUUUAUGCAAUGUAUUUUUAUAUACAGUACCAGUCAAAAGUUUGGACACACCCACUCAUUCAAGGUUUUUAUUUUUUACUAUUUUCUACAUUGUAGAAUAAUAGUGAAGA